UGGGCUGAAGCAUGAAGAUAAUGGCCUCAGUCAAAGUUCUUCUUCUGAUUUCGGCUAUUUUUCCCUCUCAAAGUGAAAUGCACUCUCUGUACUACAUGUACAGCAUCAUAUCAAAAUCUCUGAUGUCUGGAGAAGUGUUUGAAUUCUACACCUCAGUUGAACUCAAUGACAUUCAGAUGAGUUUGUGUCACAGUGUGAAUAAAGCAGAUUUCAUGACUCAGUUGUGUGAGGAAUCUGAGAGACUUUUUAAUGAAAGUGAUGAUCUGCAUUAUAAGCAACAGUGGCUUCAGAUCAACCUUAAAACACUGAUGAGGAUGGAGCACGAGAGGAACAACAGCACACGGGACACAGAUCUUAAUGUUCUUCAGUGGAGGCACGGCUGUGCAGUUGAACGUCACUCUAAUGGUUCAGUGAUGAUUCUUCAAGGCACUGAUGAAUACGCCUAUGAUGGCCAGACCUUGACCUUUGACCUCUCAAAUCAAUGGAAGUCUUUAGUCCUUGACCAUGACAUCAUCUGGAACAGAGAAUCAGUUUCCAGCCUGGAGAGGAAAUGUGUGGAAACGUUAACCAGCUUCAUUGAGCUUCAGCGAGAGAGAAAGUUCAUCAUGAAAUGUGCACUGAUGUAUGAAAUACCGUGGAAAGUAGUUUGUUUUUUCCUUUUUUCCCCCAUCAUCAUCUUCAUCAUUGUCCUCACAUUUAAUCAAAUCAUAAAAUAUGGUGAACCUUCAAAAGAGCAGGACACACUGAAGACACCAUCACUGCAACUAUCAGCGCUUCAUAAAACACAGAUGGAACCAGAACUGCUGGAGGAAUCAAGAGCAGAAAGAUGUGCAGAUUUGACUGAUGCUUUAAAUGAUGAUUCAGAUGAUGAAAACACCACAGAUCCCAGAAUGGAGGAGGAACACACUGAGGAGGUUCAUGACACUCAAAGUCUUUGUGACGCUGAAGCAACUCCAGCAGCAGCUCGAGGUCAGAACAUCUGAAUUCAUCUCUUAUCUGACGCUGAUUCUUCAUCUCACUCACUGAACGUGUCUGUAAUGACUUUUCUAGGUGCAAUGGGCUCCAAAAUCAUCUCUCUGCCUAACUUUGCCAUGCAGAGAGAAGACAGCGAUCAGAUCACCGUUACCCAGAAUGCCCUGCUGUUACCACCGCCAAGACGCUGCAGAUCCAAGAUCAUUUCACUGCCUAACCUCACUCAAGACAGAAAGGACAGCGAUGACUCCAGUUAAAGAUGUUCAGGUUGUUUUGAAGAAUCAGAUCUAGAGCUUCACUUCCAUCAUCAAUGCCAAAAGAACAUGGAAACCUGAACAUCACAGUCAUCUGUGCUUGUUUCAUUAUAAACCCGUGGCCAUUAAUGUGAGGUUUUUAUGUCUAAGAGCAUCAGGAGGUCAAACACCAGAUCAACAUUAUGGACAUUUGGACACAUCCUCAAUGAACCAACAAAAUAAUGUUACAUUUAUUUACAGGAGUGUUUUUUAAACUCAUGACAGUCAUUGUGUAUGUUUGUAUAAGAAAUUAGUUAAUUAACUACUAGUUCAUAAAAUCAUUGAUUUCUAAAGUUAAUUUGUGAAAUGAAUGUGUUGGUUUACAUUCAAAAGAACUGCAUUACAAAGUCUAUAAAUGAUAUUACACAACAAACCUGAGUUCUGCUUUUAUUCAGUUCAUCUUUCUCAUUUCCUGCAGCUUCUAAAAAUCUCUAAAAUCAAGUUUUUGAAAAAUCAAAGACAUUGCUAGUGCCUUAUAAUCAGCAAAUAACUCAUCUGUCCUUUAAAAUCUGUGCCCAGUCAAUGACAGCUUUAACAUUUGUUACAGUAUGAUCCUUCACAUUGACAGACUCAACCUUCGGCUCAGAUCCUGCAGGAGACGGAGAAUCUAGUGAAAAGGUUUGUGUGUUCUUUUCUUUUAUGAAGGCACAUAUUGAUUCUGUAUUCAGUUCUGAUUGUAACCAGCAGAGGGCAGCAUGAAUCUGUUUGCCUGACAGUCCUGAACCUGCAGCUAACAAAAAUAUUGGAAUAACGUUUCCAUACGUUAUAAACAGCAGCGUUGGGUAA